UUGAAUAAAGAAUUUGACCGUUAGCUUCCUUUCUAAUCAACGAAACCACGAAACACUAAUUUUUCUGUUUCGAAAGCUAGAAGAAAAUUCAAGAAGACAACAAUGGCAGCCGAUUAUGCAUUCAAGGAAGAAGAUAUGGAGAUCGAUGAGGGAUUUGGGUUCCCAAGAGCCUAUGCAAAGCUAUGUAGUGAUCAUGGUGUUGUUGGGACUUAUACCCAUGGUCCUCCUUUCGCUUUCAUUCCAUAUGCAAUGCAGCAACAUGAGAUUUUGAGAACAAGGGAAUUAGAUCAGCUGUUUCCAGUUAUUGAGCCAAAAGCGAAACAAACUGCCAAGCCCAAGGUUUUUAUCAGUCUCUUGUGGAGGCAGCUCAAUCACCUAGGGAAUGCUGGAUUUGAUCCCGCAGUAAUUCGAGUGGAUCCUUACGGCAAUGUUCUAUAUUUUCAUGCUGAUAAAGCCUCUCCUCUUGCUUGGGACAUUGAUCAUUGGUUCCCUUGCCCAAGGGGAGGAUUGACAGUUCCAAGAAAUCUGAGGAUACUACAACGGCAAGUGUGCAAGAGGAAGCAUAACAAGUUGGAGUUUCUCGUUCCAUGGUGGGAUCUUCAGCUGGGAAUCUCUGUGAACCAGUUCUUAUCCAUCUUUGCUUCUUCCAACUCAGAUUUCAGGCACAGGGCAUUUUCAUUUUUGUUCCCAGGAGGAGAAAGUGAGGAACUAAAUGCUUCCCAGACAGUAGAGUCACAUUCUUUUCCACAACAUUUCAUUGAAUCGAGAGAGAAACUAGGCCUUGCUCCAGCUGCUGUUGUUGUAUCUCGAAGAGAAUCAUAUGAUUCUUCUUUGGCUUUGAAAUCAUUGGAUUACAACAGGCAGAUAAGGCCCCAUUCUCCGGCAAUUGCUUCAAGAAAAAUGAAGCCAGGUGUUCUGAAAGAAAAUGAGAACUCAGACUUUGUCACAAAUCCAUAUCAAGCAAUUGUCAUGGCCAGAGAUUCUCUUAAGCGAAAAGAAGCAGCUCACAAGAUGCAGGCUGAAAUACUGAGUUUGGACGACGAAGUUAAUGAAAUAAAGAGAAAGAAUGAUGAGGAAAAGCUUACUAUUCAGGACUUGGAAUUGACACUGAUAAAGCGUAGGAGAAGGGCAGAAAAGUGCAGGCGGCUAGCAGAGGCACAAUCUUCAUAUAGAACUAUGCUAGAGAGGAUGAUUCGUGAUGCAAUGCACCAGAGUGUUGUUUAUAAGGAACAAGUGAGACUGAACCAGGCUGCAACACAUGCACUCAUGGCAAGGCUUGAAGCACAGAAGGCAAUCUGUGAUGCUUCAGAGAAAGAACUCCACAAGAAAUACAAACAAAGGGACGAGCUUGAGAAACAAAUUAGGCCUGAAUGGGAACAGGGAAGGAAGAGAUCAAGAAUGGAUGAUACCUUACCUGAAGAUGCAGACAGUAAAACUGUACUUUACUUACCAGGAAUAAGGACAAGGACACCUUCACACAAGGAGCUCAGAGAGUUUCUAGAGGAGCAGAAAGCAACUGAAGCUGGCUUGCCUGCAAACGAAGAUGCAAAACAAGAGGAAAUUGAAGAGGAACUCAAACAACCUGAAAUGACUAUUAUGAGAGAAGAUCACGAUAAAUCAAUCAUUGCAUUGGAAAAUGAAAUUCCAAUUGAGUAUACGCUUCAGGCACUGAAAAUAGGAGAAGGAAAGAGAGAAAAAAUUCAAUUCCCAGUUAUCCAAGACCAAGAAAUAGAGGAGAAUGAAGAGAGCAGAAAGCAACGAGGGAAGGGAAAUGUAGAGAGGUGGCUGCAAUUUCUGUUAGAGAAUUCUGGAGAAGAGAUUGAACGACAAAACUCAAAUGGCUGUGAAACAAACACAUCUGAUGAUAUUAUUACAAAGCUGAACCAAAAGUUCCCACAGGAGGCCAGGAGUUCAACACGUGUUCAAGGAAAUGAUAAAGGAAAAAGGUUAGAAGAGAUUAUUGAGAUAGAACCACUGAAAGAAGAAGAAAAUGGCAGUGUUGGUGGUGAAGCAAUUGCAAGUAGCAACAGUUUUGAAGGGAAGGAAAGAAUAGAAAGCCAAAAAGAAAGAGUGCGUACAAGGUCUGAAAUUGCCAGGACAUGGCAGCGUAUCCCAUCCUCUACAUCAGGAAAAAGCCCAUGGUAACUGGUGAUGUUGACGAGAUGGUGAACGGGCUGCAGGGAACAGCUUCAUCAAGUCAUCCAUCAAGAGUAUGAAGAAAGCAGUGAAAAUUUGAAAGUGGAACCCCCCUUGUUCGAUGCAUUUGUAUUGUAACUUGAAAUAUUUUUUCUUCUUUUUUACUUCUUCAAAAUUACAGAGUGCAGCAAUGACUGCAUCAGUA